AAUAUUCAGCAGAUGAUGUGCUGGUGUGUAAUAUCUUGGAUUUUGUAUGAAUAUCAUUAACAACAUCAUGCAGCAUGGACGGAGGGUUGCACCGCGUCACGCCGGCGCCUCCAACGUCCACUCUUCACCGUCGCCCGGAGGGAUUAGUCCAGCUGCCUUACCGAUCUCGUCAAGCGUUCCUGGCCGAGGUCCGACGGUCCCCCAACAGUUGUACAAUGUAGGGACCACGCAUGCUUUUCAUUUCACCACCGGAAGUGGAAUGCCAGUCGUUUUCAAUGUCGCAGAGGGAGCCGGUAUCCCUCUGCAACUGUUGCUGCAUCGGCAGACAAUCCAACUCCAGGGAGGUAAUGAUAGCAUCUCAGACAUGUCCGGAGAUACAAUCUCCAUUCGCAUUGAGUGGCCGGGCUACAAAUCAUUCACGAAGCAAAUAGCUUCAAAGGACUGGAAGAAAACAAGGUCGCCUAACACACGCGAAAGGUUGGCGAUGAAAGUUGCGGGCGCCGUCCAAUCUUUCUUCAAGAAACAUGCGAACACUCCAUGCGAUCCCCCGGAUUCGAGAUGGCGUAUCGGUCCUAAUGGAAUCCGCUUCGAGGAUCUCGCCCUUGUCUCACUACACCGCGUGUCACAAGGAAGUUGGCAGCCCAAACUGUGUCUUCUUCAUAACGAUUCUCAGCAGUGAUAUACCCUUCGUUUGACAUAUGUCAUUCAAGCAUUUUUAUGUUUGCACCCUGAUUUUAUAUUAGGCAUCGAGCAUAUUAUCAAGCAUAUCUUCAUCAAGCAUUUGUUCUCAUUUUCUCAUUUUCAAUCACGCAGCCAGUUUGGUCUGGUCAUCAUGGUGGUAUCAUUCUAAACCAUCCGGGCAUUGCAUUCGGGUGCUUACACACUCGACAUCAAAUUUUUAUCGCAAUUUGUGGAUAGAAUGGCAUAGUUUUCUUAUGUAUAUUUAAUCUGCAUGGUUCCAUAAAUUUAUUUCAGUCGGCUACUGAUGAUGUACAUACAAACAGUAGUACUGACUCAAAAGGACUCAAAUGACUCUUAUGAAAUUCUGUUGUAUUCGCCAUCA